GUGCUUCGCCUGCCCCUGGCGGAGCCUCGCCUUCUCUGUAGCCCUGGUACCCGGUGUUUAGUUCCCGGCCUCCCCGACUUUAGAUUCAGUUAGGCUACCGGCCUCCCAUCAAUCAGUUCUCAGAAGGGAGCGGCAGGAGAGUCGUUCGCCUUACUAGGUACCUGCGGUGAACGAGUGUUUGUGGCAGUUGACCCUAUGAGGGCCGUCCAAGAUGGCAGCCCAUGAGCAGGAAAUGUAGCUCCAAAGAGCUUCCAAGGCGGUCUUAGAGCUCAGGUUUGCUGACCAGUGUCUUGUCUACAGCGUUGAUGCUGGCCAAGGAGGAGGAAUGAAAAAAUUACCUUUUUUAAGUCAUUGGUGCACCUUAAGUGGUUUUGAAAUUUUGUGGAUAACUGGUUGCUUUUUUUUGUUUUUACUUUAUUUUACUUUUAUUUAUUUGUUUGUUCAUUUUUGCGGGGCUGAGAACUGAGUGGAGGAUUUUACAUACCCAGCUCUACCGCCAAAAAUUAUUCUCAGAUCUUUAUUUUUUUUAAGACAGGGUCUCUCUGGCCUUGAACUUGUGACCUUCCUGUCCUUAGAGUACCCAAAGUAAUAGGCAUGGACUUUUUGUUUUUAAAUCUCAGAUAAAUCAUUAUUAAAUAGCUAAAAAUAUUGAGGCUCUGAUUUUUUUUUUCAAACUCUAUAAGCCACUCUGUGAAUUCUGAUUUUUCUAUAAUAGUUUUUCUUUCCCUCUGAGUAUUGGUGAACACUGGAUGAUGGACCACCAUUUUCACUCGUCCAACAUUUUAAAGGACACACACUGAAAAUAAAACUGAAGCGUCAGAAGCACUUGAAUUCUCACUCGUGGACUCUUCAACUACUGUUUCCUGUUCAGAGCUGAGGAAGCAUGAGUCACUUGCAAAACUUACUGUUAGAUACCCUACUGGGGACGAAGCAUGUGGACGGUGCAGCCCUCAUCAAACUCCAAGAAAAGACCCUGUGUGUGACAUCACCAGGAUUUAGUGUAAUGCCAUGUGAUGUUCGAACACUUUUGAAUGGAUUUGCCAAAAACCCAUUAUUAACCCGAAGGGAAGGGUUGUAUUUCAGGGAAAAGGAUUACAAAUGUGUCCGGGCAGAUGACUGUUCUCUCUAUGCUAAGAAGGAGAACACUGGUGUGGUGGUGGUGAAGACCCACAUGUAUCUUCUGGUGGCAACCUACACUGCAGGCAUGUAUCCUAGUGUCUGCGUGGAAGCCACAGAGAAGCUGGGAGAGUAUCUAAGAAAAAAAGGAAACUAAGACAUCAGAUAACUAGUGAAGACGACUUCGUUGUUUUAGAAAAAAAUGUAUAGAUCCUUAAGAAAAAUAUUUUGUGGUUGAAAAUAGUGUGGAAGAUUAAAACAAAGACUGAGUUAAGGGAACAGGUUUUCUGAUUUCAGAUCAUCCUCUCUGGCUGGAAGGACCUAACCAGCUUGUUCCUUUUCUUUAAGCAUUGGUCACAGACAUGACACCUGAGUGCAUUUAUGGUUUUUCAUAGGGCAAGUCCACUGAGAGUCUUACCUCCAAGUCCCCAUACAUCUUGCCAGAUAUGCCAAGAACAUAGGCCCUGGCCAUUCAUGUGUGAACCGCGUGCACGUCGAAGUUAGAGGGCAGCCAUGGGAGUCACUUCUCUUCUUCUGGGUGAUGGGAGUGGAACUCAGGCCAUAAGGCUUGGUGGCAAGUAAACCCACUGAGCCAUCUCAUGAGUUCCCAGAACCACUCUGCACCUAGGCCAUGUCAGUCUCGUGCCUCCUUAAGUUUAAAGUAAUGCCUGUAGAAAAAACCUGCUAAGUGCUUUCUGUCAAAGAAGGGGAGUUCCUGAUUCAGUGCCCCUUUAUUAAAA